AUGUUCGAGCAGUUCUGCAUUUUCACUCCUCAGGGGGAUGUCAUUUACCAGUUCAAUUGCGCAGGUAAAAAGUUUUUAGAGUCCCAGAUCAAUAGGUUCCUAUCGCAGUAUAUUACGUCUCCAGCUCCUAAUGAAGAGACCUAUAAGAAGUAUAACUUGCUAAGUGUCAGUGGUGGAUUGAGUGGGCCAGGUGUACAGGGUCCUCGUGGAUUUAGCGCGAUGUUUCACAUAUCGAAACAGCCAGAAUUGUACUACGUAGUGACUUAUGCUGAACAAUCACUGCAGCUGAAUGAAGAAGCAGCAGAAAUUCUGAGGUUAUCUAUUUCCUUAUGGAACUCUUUGAAUGUGAAUGAAGAAAUUGUGAGAAACCUCUCCGGUAGAGGCUCUAAGAACGAGCAUAAUUUCACAGAUGUAGUUGAUGGACUUGACAAGGACAUCGAAACUUUUGAUAAAUAUUUGAAGGUCAAGUAUGAAGAGUUUAUGGGAAAAUUCGAUGUCAAAAAUACUGAACUUGCUGAAGCUAGUCUCAGGAAAAAGGCCAUCAACAGCAAAGGCAAGAAGAAAUCAACAGGGGGAGGUCAAAAAGGUAGAAGAUGGGGUCGUGAUGGGACUAUGGAGGAGACCGGCUCUAGCGAUGCAUCGGGGUUGGAUUUCUCCGAGGCCGGUAGUGCUUCGUCCAGUAAUAUUGCCUUGGUGGAUAAAGAUGCUCUAGGCAACAGAACAAAGGAUGGCGAGUUUCUCAUCAAGGAGAUUGACGAUCUUCUGACAAGCCAAACGGACAUCACUAAAUCUACCGUUCAAGUGGGAAAUGUGAACUCAGCAUUUGGUUUCCUGAAAAAGCAUUUACUAGGUAAUAAGACAAUCACAGAAAGCGACUUAACUUCGGUUCUAGAUAAGCUAAGACAGAAGCUAAUGACUAAAAACGUGGCUCCUGAAGCAGCAGACUUUCUAGCUCAAAAAGUUUCUCGUGAUCUUGUGGGAUCUAAGACAGCCAAUUGGACCAGCGUAGAGAACACUGCUCGUGAGUCUUUGACUAGGGCUCUCACGCAAAUUUUGACACCAGGAGUUUCAGUCGAUCUACUGCAUGAGAUUCAAAGAAAGACAAGCAAGAAAGAUUCAGAUGGUAAGAAGAACCCUUACGUUUUUUCAGUUGUUGGUGUGAACGGUGUCGGUAAAUCCACAAACUUAUCCAAACUGGCGUUCUGGCUUCUACAAAAUAACUUCAAUGUCCUCAUUGUGGCGUGCGAUACUUUCAGAUCUGGUGCUGUCGAGCAGUUGAGAGUUCAUGUGGAAAACCUAGCACAAUUAACCGACGAAUCUCAUGUCCGCGGCUCCAAGAAUAAAAGAGGUAAAUCUGGUAACGAUCAUGUUGAGCUAUUUGAAGCGGGUUACGGUGGAUCAGAUUUGGUCACAAAAAUAGCCAAGCAAGCCAUAAAGUAUGCCAAGGAUCAAAACUUUGACAUUGUUCUUAUGGACACUGCCGGUAGAAGACACAACGAUCCAACAUUAAUGUCGCCUUUGAAGUCUUUCGCUGAACAGGCAAACCCUGACAAGAUUAUUAUGGUCGGUGAGGCAUUGGUGGGGACUGACUCGGUUCAACAAGCUAAAAACUUCAACAAUGCAUUCGGUAAGGUCAGGAAUCUCGAUUUUUUCAUCGUAUCUAAAUGUGAUACCGUGGGUGAUAUGUUGGGAACAAUGGUUAACAUGGUCUAUGCGACCGGCAUACCUAUCUUAUUUGUCGGUGUUGGGCAAACUUACACAGAUCUACGAACCUUAAGUGUCAAAUGGGCCGUGGACAUCUUGAUGUCAUAG